AUGCAGUGCGCGCGGCCGAGCGAAGGCUCUGUGGUGCACAAAGGUACCAAAAGGCACAUCAGCUCACAACAUAGUUUUGAAGCCGGCACAAAGGAUUCCGAGUUUAUAUGCGACUUAGGUACGAAAAAGCAUCCUAUAGCCAAUGUACUUCGCAUCACGAGAAAUGGUAACGGACCUGUCGACGAAUGCACUGAUGAAGCCAGCUUGCAAGAAGUGUAG